AUGCAACACCCCCUUGAGCAAAACACGCCAUCGUCAAGGCUGGGGCUGAAAGUCCUGCUCGAUACAGGCUGCGCCAGCAUUCCUCGCAGGAGGGGUAACUCUAAGUGCGCAAACUUCCAAAGCAAGGGGUUCGCCAUUGGAGACGCAUUUCCCACGAUCGAGGCCCAACCACUGUCUCCUGGUCAAACGGUGAUCAUCGUUGGCCUCGGAAUCGCUGGACUGACAGCCGCCAUUGAAUGCCAUCGAAAGGGCAUGAGGGUGGUCGGUCUUGAGAAGAAGCCCGAUAUCAAUCUACUCGGCGACAUUAUUGGCCUGAGCGGCAACAGCGUCCGUAUUCUGGCGGCAUGGAAAGACAGCGACACCCUGAAUGAGCUGAUCACCGAGGACAUUACUUGCGAUGUGUCCGCGCUCGAGCUUCUAGACACGGAGGGCACCCGGCGAUUCGCGAUGCCCUACAACCCGCAAAACCCCAUCCAGGGCCAUCUUUUCCGGCGCACCGGGCUGGUGAACAUGCUGUACCAGUAUGCACGGCAGCUCGGCAUCGACCUUCGGUUUGGGGUCCCUGUAGACGGCUACUGGGAAAAUAAGGAUGAGGCCGGGGUGUACGUCAACAACGAUAAGAUCACCGGCCACUGCGUCGUCGCCGCCGACGGAUCUCACAGCAAAGCUCGCGUUAUUAUCACCGGUGAAAACCCACCCCCGGAUGACACUGGAGUGAUCGCGUACCGGGCGAUUUUCGAUGCCCACGAGAUUGCAGAUGUGCCCGAAGCGCAAUGGCUCUUGGAACAAUCCCCGGGGCGAGAUGUCUUCCAGAUGUUCUACGGCAAGGACACAAUGGUGGCCAUGGGCACGGCCGCUAGCGGUCGCUACAUACACUGGGGAUGUGCAUUGAGGGGUAUGUUGACUGAGAUGACGGAGGCUUGGAUGCAGCCUGCAUCUCCCGAGGUCGUUUUGAAAAGCCUGCAGGACUGGCCAGCCGGGAGAAAGCUAUCUGCUAUUGUCGCAAGCACGCCGCCGGGAAGAUGUUUCAACCAAUCCCUCAUCAACCGGCCACCGUUGAGUCGGUGGGUCUCAAACGGCGGCAGGAUGGUGGUCAUCGGGGACGCAGCACACUCCUUCCUCCCUUACGCUGGUCAAGGCGGCAAUCAGGGCAUUGAGGAUGCCGCGGUGCUAGCCAUCUGCCUGGAGCGCUCCGGCGAAGACGUCCCGUUAGCUCUGCGAGCCAUGGAAAAUAUCAGACACCACCGCGUUUCACUCAUUCAGAAAGGAUCCGCCGAGGCCGGGGACUCAUUUCUCAACGCUGCCUGGGAGAGCAGCGCAACCGACCGGCCGACGGCUUACCUGCACCAGGCCUGGGUGUACACACAUGACUGCGUGAAGCAUGCGCAUGAGGAGUACCAUAAGGCAGCCGACGCAGUGAAGAAUGGCCGGGAGUACAUACCGACCAAUAUCCCCGCGGACGGGAAAUUCUGUCAGAAUGAUAAUGAGGGUUAA